UUGCGGUCAGAUACGUGUAGGGAAGUGUCAGGAAGUGUGAGAGCAGGCCAAUAUAUAAGUCGAAGCUUGCUAUGAUGAUCCCCGCCACCGCGGUCUUACCUAGAAGAGGGCAUAUACCCCUGGACCAGCAUGGGUAUCCCGUCGCAGCAGAUGGUCUGUACGUCAAUAUGGGUCCCACUGCCCGGCCACUCCAAACGCGAGGUCCAACCCCUACAUGUCAGCACCCUCAGGCUCAAACUACUAGUGCAUUUGGCGGCUACCGCAGUCCGAUGACCGUUUUCGACUUCCCUCCUCCUUCUCCCGUUACGGUAUCCCAUCCUCCUCCUCCUCCUCAGCCUCAUCCCCGCUCUGUCAAUCGCGGACGUGGAUCCGAUCGCCAUGGUCACGCCGGCCGUAUUCCGAGGGGUACCAGUGGGACUCGGAUCCCAAAGCCAGCCCCUACACCAGCCCCAGCCCCAGUCCCAUUUCCACCUCCUCAGGCUUCCAAUCCUCCACAUCAGACUAGCGGGUUCGGCGGAUACGCAAGUCCCGGAGAUGUCUUUGAUUUUCCACCUCCUACUCCUGCCGUCCCUCCGCCUCCUCCCCCUCGUCGUCCUGAUGUGAGCCUUGGGUCAGACCGUCGACCUGUGGCUGUUCCUCAAGUGGCUCAGGGUCAACCCUUCAUCUUCCAGCCUCGCGAAGAGGAGUGGUACCUCCCCUCUGGCGGCAAGCCUGCGGUAGGCAGGUUCUCUCACUGGAUUAUGAUCCUCGUCGGAGUGUGCUGCACCCUCGCUGCAAGCUCUGUGUACAUGAUAUGGAAGCUCAUGAUGUUCGUACGGCUAUGGCGAUCGGCGACUUUCGUCUCCAUCUUCUUCUUCCUGCUUGAAUGCGUCCUCUAUGUGGCCGGCUUCGUCUACCUGGUGGAGUUCUCUCGUCCUACCAUCCCUCGCACGAAGAAGCUCCUGCCCCUGUCUGGUCCCUUUCCCCUGGUCGCCAUCCUGAUCACAUGCUGUAAGGAGAAGCUGGAUGUUCUCAAGGACACCGUUAGGGCUGCCCUGUCGCAGAACUACCCGGCCGAUCGCUACUGCGUCUGCGUCUUGGACGACGGAGGGGACGACGAGCUGAAGGAAUGGAUAGAGCUGAUGGCCAAGCAGUUGCAGAGAGGGUUGUGGUACAUUCGGAGGAUCAAACAGGAGGGAGUGCCGCAUCACUAUAAAGCCGGGAACUUGAACUCGGCCCUUAGGGAGGUGUGGGGAGAGUUCAUUGCUAUCGUCGACGCAGAUAUGGUCCUCUCACCCAACUUUCUUGCCGGCAUGCUGCCGCACUUCACUUCCAGAAAAAUUGCUUUCGUUCAGUCCCCGCAGUCCUUCUACAACAUCCACCCAGGAGACCCUCUCAACGACAGCGGCAUCUUCUUCUACGAUCUCCUGCUUCCUCAUCGAGACGCCUGGGGAUCCGCGCAAUGCGUUGGAACUGGGGCGAUCUUCCGCCGGGAGUGCUUGAACGAGAUCGGCUUCUUUGCCACCGGCUCUGUUACCGAGGAUUUCGACACAGCACUGCAGUUGCACUGCCGUCUGUACGACUCUGUGUACAUUCAGCAGCGAUUCCAGACAGGUCUGACUCCGUGGACGCUUGCCACCUUCAUCAAGCAGCAUCAACGAUGGUGCAUGGGGGGGAUACAGAUCCUCUUGAAGCGAGGGCCGCUGUUCAUAAAGGAUGAUAGAUUUGGCAUUUAUCGAAGAAUCAUCUACUUCUACGCGGGAGCUCAUUGGCUUCUAGCCUUUGUCGUCGUGGCCUUUCUGGUGAUGGCGCCCAUUUUGCUCUUCUUCGAUAUGUCCAUGCUUCCCACGGAAGCCAGUCCGGACGACUUCCGGACUUACGUGAAGAUGCUGGCACCCUACCUCCUCUUGUCCCGAGUCACCACCCAAGUGCUGUACCUUCGAAUCCCCGGCUUCAUCUUUCGGCAGCAAGUGCGCAUACGCGACGAGCAGAUGCUUGAGCGGGGAAUAGAGAGGGCAAGUAAUUAGGGUUUCCUGUGUUGUGUCUUGUAGAAGGGGGGUCAGUCAAUCCCCUCCUGGAGAGGGUAAUCAAUGCUGCCCCCCAUU